AUGACCACAUUCGCCGGUGACAUUGACGAAAAGGUGGCGACGAUGUCAAACGAAGAACAAAAAUUCGAAGAGGCUUCAAUUGAAAAAAGGUUUGAAGGAAAAUCAGUGCCUACAUGGCAAAAACAGAUUACGGUUAGGGCUAUAUUGGUGAGUUUGUUAUUGUCGGUUCUUUUCACCUUCAUCGUGAUGAAGCUUAAUCUUACAACAGGUAUUGUUCCUUCUCUCAAUGUUUCGGCUGGGUUGUUAGGUUUCUUCUUUGUCAAGACAUGGACUAGAUUGCUUGCUAAAUCAGGUUUUGUUACUCAACCUUUUACAAGACAAGAGAAUACUGUUAUUCAAACUUGUGUUGUUGCUUCCAGUAGCAUUGCAUUUAGCGGCGGUUUUGGUAGUUACUUGUUUGCAAUGAGUCCAACUAUUGCAAAACAACUUCCAGAUGAUAACAAUGGUGGCAUGGAUGUUAAGAAUCUUAGUUUAGGAUGGAUGAUUGCAUUUCUAUUUGUUGUUAGUUUUCUCGGUCUCUUUUCCGUGGUUCCACUUCGAAAGAUUAUGAUUGUCGACUUCAGAUUGACAUAUCCAACAGGUACUGCAACAGCUCAUCUUAUCAACAGUUUCCAUACAAGACAAGGUGUAAAACUAGCAAAGAAACAAGUACAUGCAUUGGGAAAGUUCUUGUCCUUUAGUUUCUUAUGGGGUGUAUUCCAAUGGUUUUUCACUGCUGGUGAUGCUUGUGGAUUUUCAAGCUUCCCCACAUUUGGUCUAGAAGCCUAUCAAAGGAUGUUCUACUUUGAUUUUUCGGCUACUUACGUCGGUGUUGGGAUGAUAUGUCCACAUAUAAUCAAUGUAUCUAUGUUGAUUGGUGGAAUUCUUUCAUGGGGGGUCAUGUGGCCUUUCAUUGAAGACAAAAAAGGAGACUGGUACUCUGCUAAUCUCAAACAAAGUAGCUUACAUGGUCUUCAAGGCUACAAACUUUUCAUUGCCAUCGCAAUGAUUCUCGGUGAUGGUCUAUACAAAUUUGUGAAAGUUCUUGGCCGCACUCUUUACGGUUUGUAUAAUCAAUUUAUCACAAAAGACUGUUCAGUACCAUCCGAUGAUCCAAAUCGUCUUCUCCCACCUACAAUUUCAUUUGACGACAAGCGUAGAACCGAGAUGUUCCUCAAAGAUCAAAUCCCCUCCUGGUUUGCUAUUGCAGGCUAUGUCACAAUUGCGAUAAUCUCAACCGUCAUUAUCCCCUACAUUUUCCACCAGCUAAAGUGGUAUCACAUAGUUUGCAUUUAUAUCAUUGCACCAGCACUAGCCUUUUGUAAUGCAUAUGGUUGUGGAUUAACAGAUAUGUCCCUUGCAUCGACCUACGGAAAAUUAGCCAUCUUCACUAUCGGUGCUUGGGCAGGUGCAGCUAAUGGCGGUGUCCUAGCUGGUUUAGCAGCGUGUGGUGUCAUGAUGAACAUUGUUUCAACCGCUUCGGACCUCAUGCAGGAUUUUAAAACAGGUUAUAUGACAUUGGCUUCACCGAAAUCCAUGUUUGUGAGCCAAGUCAUUGGAACUACUAUGGGAUGUAUUAUAUCACCGUGUGUUUUUUGGCUAUUCUACACUGCUUUUCAUACUCUUGGUGAAUCUGGUUCAGCGUACCCUGCACCUUACGCACUUUUUUAUCGUAACAUAGCUAUACUAGGUGUGGAAGGUAUCUCUGCUCUGCCAAAAAAUUGUCUUGUACUUUGCUGCUGGUUUUUCGUUGGAGCUAUAAUUAUUAACUUUGUUCGCGAUUUGGCCGGAAACAAAUAUGCCAAGUUUAUUCCUGUUCCUAUGGCUAUGGCUAUACCUUUCUACAUUGGAAGCAAUUUUGCUAUUGAUAUGUGUGUUGGAAGCUUGAUAUUGUUUGUGUGGCAGAAGAUUGAUAGGGUUAAGGCUGAUGCAUUUGGAAUUGCUGUUGCUUCUGGUUUGAUUUGUGGAGAUGGCAUUUGGUCACUUCCUAGCUCAUUUCUUGCUCUUGGUGGAGUGCAGCCACCUAUUUGUAUGAAAUUUUUGUCUAGAGCAACAAAUGCAAAGGUUGAUGCGUUCUUAAUGGAAUCUUAAACUUGAAUUAUUCAUGUGCUGAUUUUUAUUUCAUACUUCAUUUUUAUUUAUUUCAACCUUUU